ACCCCGGAAGUGCGGCUCGAACUUGGUCGGGGAGCGGAUCCCGAGAGGGAAAGUCGUAACAACCGCACGAGGGAGUUUGUCUGGCGAGCUGGAAGGCCACGCCUCCUCCCGACUCCCCCCGCAGUCCUGUAGCUGGGGGCAGAGCUCAGACUGUCUUCUGAAGAUUGAUGUCUAUUUCCUUGAGCUCUUUAAUUUUGUUGCCAAUUUGGAUAAGCAUGGCACAAAUCCAGCAGGGAGGUCCAGAUGAAAAAGAAAAGACUACAGCACUGAAAGAUUUAUUAUCUAGGAUUGAUUUGGAUGAACUAAUGAAAAAAGAUGAACCACCUCUUGAUUUUCCUGAUACCCUGGAAGGAUUUGAAUAUGCUUUUAAUGAAAAGGGACAGUUAAGACACAUAAAAACUGGGGAACCGUUUGUUUUUAACUACCAAGAAGAUUUGCACAGAUGGAACCAGAAAAGAUAUGAAGCUCUAGGAGAGAUUAUUACGAAGUAUGUAUAUGAGCUCUUGGAAAAGGACUGUAACUUGAAAAAAAUCUCAAUUCCAGUAGAUGCCACUGAGAGUGAACCAAAGAGUUUUAUCUUUAUGAGUGAGGAUGCUUUGACAAAUCCACAGAAACUGAUGGUUUUAAUUCAUGGUAGUGGUGUUGUCAGGGCAGGUCAGUGGGCUAGAAGGCUUAUUAUAAAUGAAGAUCUGGACAGUGGCACACAGAUACCUUUUAUUAAGAGAGCUAUGGAUGAGGGAUAUGGAGUAAUAGUACUGAAUCCCAAUGAAAACUAUAUUGAAGUAGAAAAGCCGAAGAUCCAUGUACAGUCAUCUUCUGAUAGUUCAGAUGAACCAGCAGAAAAACGGGAAAGAAAAGAUAAAGUCUCUAAAGAAACAAAGAAGCGACGUGAUUUCUAUGAAAAGUAUCGUAACCCCCAAAGGGAAAAAGAGAUGAUGCAGUUGUAUAUCAGAGAAAAUGGUUCUCCUGAAGAACAUGCAAUAUAUGUGUGGGACCAUUUCAUAGCUCAGUCUGCAGCUGAGAAUGUGUUUUUUGUUGCUCACAGCUAUGGAGGACUUGCUUUCGUUGAACUGAUGAUUCAACGAGAAGCAGAUGUAAAAAGUAAGGUAACCGCAGUGGCGCUUACAGACUCUGUUCACAACGUGUGGCAUCAAGAAGCGGGCAAAACGAUUCGAGAAUGGAUGAGAGAGAAUUGUUGUAAUUGGGUCUCUAGCUCAGAACCAUUAGACACAUCAGUGGAGUCCAUGCUGCCUGAUUGUCCCCGAGUCUCAGCAGGCACCGACCGUCACGAGCUAACUUCCUGGAAGAGCUUCCCGUCCAUUUUCAAAUUCUUUACCGAAGCCUCUGAGGCAAAGACCAGUUCCCUCAAGCCGGCUCUGACGCGGCGCUCCCACAGAAUAAAGCACGAAGAGCUGUAAGAGGAGAACGAGCGAGACGGGGGAGGGGAAGCCAAGGCACCACACUCGAGCAUGCAUCCACACGUCUCCUAACUGCUUGUUGUCGGCGAGCAGACUCCCAGCCCCUCAUUAGAUUGUUUUCUUCCUAGAGCACAGGGUCGUGAUAUAUACAUCUAAAUAGCGUUUUGCAUUAUUUCUAGAUGAGUGCAACUGUCAAAGCAAUAUGGGCUCACUGGUCGUGCUUCCUGCGGGCUGAGCUCGGGCUUCGCGCUGCCCGUCAGCGCGCAGAUUAAGGCUGACAGCGCCCUGCUCGGCGCGGCCGGCGCGCCUCUAAUUGCCCUGACGGAGCCCGCGCCGGGGCUGCAGGGCGAGCGGCGUCUGCGCGGUCCUACCGCCCGCUGCAGCGCAGCCGCCGCUUGCACCGGCCCCCGGCCCCCCUCGAUCAUGUCCGGUUUUUUCCUCCGAACAGAAGCAAACUUUUAUUCUAGAUUUCAAACUUACAUUUUAGGUUUUCGGCGAAGAGCUUCUUACGCCUCUUUUUUUUCCCCCCCUAAUUAAAAGGAAGUUCCCCACAAACCUCCUCAGAAAAGCCAAAUUUAAAUUCAGAACGUGAAUGCCGUGAUGUACUAUGUCGCCUUGGGAGUGCAAAUUGUUCUCUAACAAUCUAUUUUCAUUUCAAGACCAAAAGAAAAACUUUGCAUAAAAAAUCUAUGAAGUACCCAUUACACAUUACCGCUGAAAACCCUUGCCAUUUGAAUACGAGAUUUUACACAAGUCUCUAAUUUCAGAAGAGAUUGUUUAAACCAAAACGUAAUGAUGAGCAAAUCUUUUAAGGGUGAAAGGUCCCCUUUCCAAUAGAAUUUCCAACUUUAUCAUUAGAAUUGACUUUACUUUUUAAAUGUAUAAUGUGUAUUGAGUGGCAUUGUAAUUCAGAUCGCACACUUGUUUUGCUUUUUAAAUCCUAAUGUGGAGAAAGUUUGUUGUUCAUAAUCCUAACUAGAAUGACUGUCCUGAGCUUUCAUAGAGUUAGACCCUGUUAGGGAUAGUAUUUAUUGUCAUCAGGAAGAUGAACCUGUGUGCUGUUCCACCUUUUCCUUCUGAGAGGCCAAGUGGGGCUAAAAUGAUUCUUUUAGGUUUCUGCUCCCACAGAAAGGGAAAGAAAGACCUGGUGUGAAAGAUUUUCUUCUUUCAAUACAGUGGCAUAAUUUUUAGUAGUCCAUUUCCUCUCUAGGGUUUUGCCCUACAGUUUCUACAGUUACUUUAAUCCUGCUAAUAUCUGGCCAACACUGUGAAAUACAAGAGGUAAAAUAAGUUAAGAUUUUGCUGACUUUUCAAUUCAAAUAUUAAAUCUUAACAUUAUCAAUUUUUAAUUACUUGAAUUUAAUUACCUAGGAAAGAUUCUGUUUCUAGCAGAUGGGGGUGUGAAUUUAAUAUUUUUUUCAUCCUUUUUUAAAGUAUAUGCAACAAUAUGCCUGCCUUAUUUGAGGACAUGAUAAAAUGUACCCAAAAUGACUUAGAACUGUCUGACUUCUCAGAAAAAAUAACUUAACCACCUCAUGGAUAAAAUGUUUUUAUAUUAUGAACCGAUUUCAGCAAGUUUUAAAACUGGUAAUAUCUGUGUUUGGUAUACAAGUACAUUAAUUUGUUCUUAUAGUUUUAAUGAUGGCAAAUUAAAGUGAUCUUUUUUCAGUGGUCAUAUAUACAUAUCUUUUGAUAUUAUUUUAGCAGAAACAACACAGGAAAAAUCAAAACGUCAUUUUAUCCACACCUGGAUAAUUUAAUAUGUGUAACUCCAACAAUGUCAAGCAUGUUGGUCUGCAAUCUUCUCUGUUUUAGAAGUAAAGGUGAACUGUAUACAAUAAUGGUACCUUCCUUUGAGAGGAUUUGAAAAUUGAUGUGGAUUGAAUAUAUUUUUCAAAGUGUUAUAAAUUGUGUGGUGUUUUGACUAUAUGAAAGUAUUCACAGGAAAACUAAUUUUAUUGCUUUUUUCUACCCAGCACUUGUGCAGUGCUAAAUUUAUGACGCUUAUGCACCUGAAUUAGAGCAAAGUAAAUGGGCUCAGCUUAGACACCAAAUCACUCCUAUUCCUUCUCUUCGGUUUUCUCACUUCUCCUUUUGAAAACCUUUACUUGCAACUAGAGUGAAUCACUGUUUAAUUGCCUUUAAUACUUUAAAACUACUGGGUUGUUAGCCUUGUUUAAACAUCUAUAGAGGGCUAUUUGCAAACUUAAGUUGUGCAAAUGUAAUUUCUACUUGUGGAUCUGAGCUGCAGCAGCCCGGAGAGAGCUAGGCAAACCAUCCGAGACCGCCAACUGAUAAGUGAUAAGAUUCCUCGGAAUGUACGAUUUUUUUUUUAACCUGUUGAUUAUGUGUCUGUUGGUAUAAAUGUAGUAAAAUCCUCCACAUCAAUUUUCCUGGAGUAACAACAAUCAGUUGGUAGGAGCCCGCCUGCUUGGAGGUGACAAGUGUUAGCAGUAUUUCUGCUCUGAUCUUCUAACCAUUUUGGUUUCUUUAGACAGGUUUUUAGGAGAGUAGAGGCUUAAAGUUAGGAUUUAGACUUUUUAAAAAAUUAUAUACUCAGUUCUUAGAGCAAAUGGAAUGGGAAGCAAGGAGUUGUUGAUAAAUCUGAGAUUCAAAAUACUGGCUUUAGAACUUUAUAAAGGUAUCUAAACAUGCAGCCGUUAAAAGUUUUCAUGGAUAUUUGAAGGGGGGAGAAAAUUUAUUUGUAAUAAUUGUUGUUUUCUCAAGUUUCUGCCUUGUGCUUCGACCUAGAUUGCAUUAUUGUUUAUACAAAAAGAAAAAAGUAAAGCACAGGAGUUUCAUAUAUAUUAUAUAUUUCUGUUUACCAUUUUAAAAUAAAAACAAUUUUCCCAACAAGCAGCGGCGUAUUAUUCUUGCUCAGAGGUUCAUUUAUUUGUGUACAGUACAGAGGUUAAUAAAAGCAGAAACUUGAAUGAUGGAACAGCAUUCAUCAGUAUUUUAAACUGUAUAGUUGCUUUUAUUACUAUUACUGUUGCUUUAAGGUAACAUCCUAACUUCACUUGAACACUUACUGUUUGGCUUGGACCUUUCACAAAGCCAACAUUUUUUUUUUAAGCAACAUUUUUUUAAGGUGUUUGUUUUUAAUAUCUGAAAUAUCCUUAGCUACAGAGAAAUUUGAACCCAUUGUUAAGCUAUGAUUUUAUAAAAUACACUUUAAUAUACUGUAAAGAAAUGUGCUUUCCAAAGCAAUCUGGUGACAUUACAUUGCUCCCAAGUCCCUGUAUAGGUCCUUGAUGUAUUACAUCUAAUCUGAAAAUAACGUGUUUACACUUAUUUUACAGCUUUUCCUUCUUAACUCCUUUGAGAGAGUUUGGAUGACAAAAUAUGUUAACUAUAUUAUCAGGGCUAAUAAGUUAAAUUUUUUCACAUGUUUCUCUGGAUUACCUGGAGUCCCAAUCCAAACACAUGAAUGUCUCCUGUUAAAUCAUAGUUUAUAACUGUAAGCUGACAGGUUCCUGUGAUUCAUUUAAGAAAGAUUACUAUCACAGAAAGUCUAAAAAUUACUCAAAAACUUUCCCCAUGCUUCUAUAGGGGAAAAUGUCUUUAAAUAAAUGUGAGACAUUCUCAUCUUUGAAAUAUGGGUGGCAAAAAAAAAAAAGAGAUAAUAGUGGUGGUUAUUUUAUGAUUACUUAUUAGGGGCUGUAAUAAUAUAAAAUAAAAGACUCCAGGAGGUACUCCCUUUCAAAAAUUGAAUACUUUCCUUCCUUCCUUCCUUGUAUAGAGUGACUGAGUGGGAGUCUCUUGAAUUGUUCGUCUUCCUUUUAUCUAAUAUUCUAUUAAUCUCCAAAAAGAUCAGUUUGAGUCUGGGAAAGGGUUUUUAAUCAACACUUCACAGAGCUUAAAGCUACCCUACCUAAAGCGUCAGCUUUGUUAGGCGGUUUUAGAUUUAAAGCAUUGCAACUGUCAUGCACUGUACUAAAAGUAAAGAAUGUACACCAAGUGGAAGAUGUUGAAAAGAGGGAAAUAGCACAAAGUCGAUUAACGGAGAUUCGAGAAUAGAAGUAGCCAUCAAAGCAUUCCAACGUUUAUCUCGAAAUCUAUGUAGAGUUAAAAAAAAAAAAAAA